CUACAGUGCUUCUUAAAUCAGUAUGGGUGAAGGGGUAAGUGUUUUUACCUGUGGGGAGAGGGAAUUACCCGAUCCUCAGGAAAAUCAAGUUUACUGUAACUUGACUAAAUAAACAGCGACAUAAUCUAGUUCUUCCAUUUUUCACGGGGGGUGGGUGGGAGUAGGAGGGAGGGAAGGUAGAGAGGUAGAGAUGGGGUCCCCUUUUUCUCGCUCUCUUCCCUAGACCACACAUUGUCUUCCAUUCUUGGGCAGGCCCCUCUUUUCUCCUCUGGGGCAAGAACUAAAGAAUGAUUUCAUUGCUCUCCCUCCGGGCUGCCAGGCAGGAAACGCUCUCAGCGCUCGGAUAAGCCUGCAUUUGGAAAGGGGAAAAAAAAAAAGGAAAAGGAAAAGAGAAAAAAAAAAAGGAACAAAGCCAGAAAAACUUGACCAGAGGCGCUCGCUCUGAGCCCAGCAGGAUUACUACAGGUUUCCAGUUUCCUAGAAACAUGGAUCCGACCCCCACAUAGCUGGGCUUGUGGGCGGUGUUUUUAAAUAUAUGCUAAUACAGCUGACAGGAGGUGCAGCCCGGGCUCGCUCUUCCCUAGUCGUCCCUGACGGCGAACCGGGAGGUAGGCAAAGCUCGCGGAGACGGCGGCUCCGACGUGCAUGGCCUUGGGCCGCCCCGGGCUCGGCCGAGCCGCUGAGUUCGUCCAUGCCGGCCACUGCCUUUGUCGUCCGGCACUAAGGGAGACAUGCGCCUCUGAGAAUGGAGAUCAAGGACUCCGGCAGCGUGGUGCUGACAGCCUACCACUCUUACGCACCGUCUAGGCUGCCCAGAGUCGAGCAGAGCUUCGUGCCAGAGCUCGCGGCCGCCUCGCCGCCGUCGGGCCACGCCGUCAGCAGCAGAAAAUCUAUCCCUCGCUGCCGAAGAAUUAACAGAAUGCUCUCCAAUGAAUCCCUCCAUCCUCCCACAUUUAGCCGGUCCAACUCCCAAGCCUCCGUAGACAGUACUUCGAUGGAGGAUUUCUGGUGUGAAGUUGAAAGUAUUAAAGAAAACAGUGAGGGUGGACAGGAAGAACAGACAGUCACUGAGGUCAAGCCUGCUGAUGAAGGAGAGCUUGAAGCUGAGUGGUUGCAAGAUGUGGGUUUAUCAACACUAAUCUCAGGAGCCGAAGAGGAAGAUGGACAGGCCUUACUCUCCACCUUGACUCGAACCCAGGCAGCUGCAGUCCAAAAGAGAUACAACACCUAUACUCAGACCAUGAGGAAGAAGAACAAACACUCUGUCAGAGAUGUCCGAGACAUCUUUGGAGUUGCCGAGUCUCCUACUCCAUUUGAGCCUGUUCCAGUAUCUCUUGUUCCUGCAAAUGGGGUACAGGUGCCAGGGAAGAAGCCAGUUUGGAAAGCAGUUAAUUCCAACAGUUGUCUUGACUGUGGAUUAGAUAAAGACACUCCAUCAGUAGCAGAAGAGUUGUCCUUUGAAGUUUCUUUCUCAGAAUCCAUCACAGAGAUUCCCAAAGAAAAAGAAGGUCUUAAAUCACAAAGGUUUAAAAAAGAAGAUUCUUCCUUAACUAAAUUCAUUGUUCGAAAAAGCAGAUUUGGAUUAACUGAAGUAGGAGACCUGUCGGUUGAAGACAUGAAGAAGAUUCGCUAUCUCUCUCUCAUCGAAUUGACAGCCUUUUACGAUGCUCUGGGGAUUGAACUGAAGAGGAACCGAACAGACAAAGUAAAAGGACGAGAAAAUGGACUUUUCGGUGUUCCACUUACUGUCCUGUUGGAAAACGAUCAAAAGAAGUUACCUGGAAUUAAAGUUCCUCUUAUCUUCCAGAAACUUUUGCAGAAACUUGAAGAAACAGGUUUGGAAACAGAAGGAAUUCUUCGAGUCCCCGGAUCUGCAUCCAGAGUCAAGAAUCUCCGCCAAGAACUUGAAAGCAAAUUUUAUGAUGAUACAUUUGAUUGGGACCAAGUCCGCAACAACGAUGCAGCAGGACUGCUAAAGAUGUUUAUCAGAGACCUGCCCAGCCCUCUCUUUACCGUGGAGUAUCUGCCUGCCUUCAUUGCUUUAGUGGAAAGAAUCUCCAAGAUUAAAUUGCAAUUACAAGCUUUGCACCUUUUGAUCAUGCUUCUGCCUGAUGCCAAUAGAGAUACUGCCAAGGCCUUCUUGAUAUUCCUCAAGAAAGUGGUUGCUAACGAAGGGAAAAACAAAAUGAGUUUGUGGAAUGUUUCCAUGAUCGUUGCACCAAAUCUCUUCAUCUACAAAGGCAAACGCUCCAAUCAGGAAGAGAUGCAGGCAGCUGCUACCACUGCACACAUCGUCCGCCUCUUGAUUAGGUACCAGGACAUUCUGUGGACGGUCCCAUCUUUCCUGAUCACCCAGGUGAGGAAAAUGAAUGAGGCAGCGAUUAACAAUACGAAGAAGCAACCAAUAUUUGACAAAAGCAUGAGAAAACUUCUCAGAAGGAAAACUUUGGAACGAGAAAGACCUGAAAAGAUAGAGGUAGCCACCAGCCCCAGGACUUCGAAGACUCUACCUACGUCACCAUCUUCAAGAAGGAAGUCUGAUAUACCCGAAGGAGUCAUUAGAGUACAUGCACCUCUUCAUUCCAAGGUGUCCAUGGCCAUUCAGCUUAAUGGUCAGACCAAAGCCAAAGAUAUCCUGGCUCGAUUUCACUGUGAGAACAGCCAUGAUUCACCAGGUAGCCUUAAGAUUCAGAACCAAAGCUUAUAUGAAAUUGGAGGCAAUAUAGGGCAGCACUGUUUAGAUCCUGAUGCCUACAUGUUGGAUUUGUAUCAUGCGAAUCCUCAUGCAGAGUGGGUGAUAAAACCAAAGACAAGUUGAACCUUCAGGAAAUGCCCUACUUCUGAGGGAAAGGACUCCACUUGUAUUUUCUAGGCCAAGAAACUCCAGAAUAUGAUGGAAAACCAAGUGGCUGCUUUUGACUCUCUCUGUCCUUCCCAGCCCUCUUAAUCUUGAGAUGCUUCUUCAAGCCAGAAGGUAUUGAUGUGUUCACUGGUUACCAACCUGCAAACCCUGAGAUAACCCCCCUGUCGUAACCAUGGAAGCAGGAGUUUUCUUAUGCCAGUUACUUGACUACAAAGGAAGGAUGAUGGUACUUUCAAAGAGAGGCCAAUCUGGACAAUGGAAAGUUUCAUCCUCUCCAGGAUUUUGACUUAAUAAUUAAAGAAAACUGUGUCCUCUACUUGGACGCCUGUCCUACUCAGUCUUACAGCCUACCAAAUGUAGCAAACACUACCGAAUGCAAGACAUGAUGGAGGGUGCAGAGGAGCUGGCAGGGCAGUUUUGCUAGCAUUCCAAAGCAAAAUUCUCCUUCACCUUUAUAUAUACACCUAUAUAGUAACAACACAGGGCUGCUUUUCAGAAAAAGAAUGGAAAUGCCCAGGGUAGUUGUGCUGCAUAAAUGCAAUUCUUCUAUUCAAACAAAACUUGUUCUGAAAGUAAAAUAUACACUAUUUAUGCUUCUGACUCACUCCUCAUUAUUUGGUUAUUUUGAGGAGAAAGAACUACUGUUUAAAGCAACCUAUACUGUUUAUCUAUGUUGUACUGUAUUGUCAUUCUCAUCAUUCUGAUACCAGUAUGUACUUCUGUGUGUCUGAACAAGUUGAAUUUUUUUUAAGCUUUUCAUCUUACAUUAUGGACAUAGUCUCUGAGCAAAGUGCUGUCAGACUAAGGAUGUGCCUGUUCUUUCAUUUCUCUUUUCUUUGUAAACAGCGGUGGAUUCUGUUCCCUAAUCAUUAUCAUAUUAUUUGGUGAAUGUCUUUCCAUGUGCCAGUCACUGAGUUUCUCUCUUCUCCCAAACAUUUCCUUAUCUAUAUUUUAUGACCAUGCUUAAUUCUAUAGCCACAGUUUUGAAGAGACAGUACAGCUUUUAUCCAGGCCUGAAAAAUACAGCUGCCUCUGGUUCUUACAUGGUAUUGAGACCAUUUUUCACCUUUGAUCAUCAUUCACAGGCACGGUUAAGCACAACUGUUGGACAAUUAGACCGUACAUAUCUAUGUAUGUUGGGUAUGUUUAUUGUCAUAUAUUUUCCAGAUCUGGAAUCUGUCAGAUCAGUUAUUCACCAAUCAUCCUCAUUUAGGAAAGAGAGCCAGUACAAUGUGUUAAGGAAUGCUAUGGUAUUGGUUCCUCUUUAGAUAAUAAGGAUAAAGCCCCUUCUAGGAUCAGUGAAGGAUGGCUAUAGUUUCAAAAUUGUGACAAGAUAUCUUGGGGUGCAUUCUGGUUUUAUAUUGUCCCAUCCAUCCCUUCUCACAUAAACAAAUUCUAUGUCAUCUUUCAACCUUUGGCUUAGGAACGGCAGAUAAUGGAUUUGGGGGAUUAUUUUGGAGCUAUAUGAACUAUAUCCUAGACCUAAAUGCCUCUUUCAGUUGCAGCAAAGCAUUGGUUAAAGCAUCUGGUUAAAGUUUUACAUUUUUUAUGUAGUUUCUCCUAUUAAGUCUCAGGUUCUAAAGCAUUCAUAAUAUCUGCCAGCAUUUGUAAUAAAACUUUAAAAUACACCUCUGUCUUCCAAAAAAAAAAAAAGAAUAUCUUGUUUUCUCUAUGUAAAUACCUGUAUUUCCUGACUGAAAAAAGUUAACUUUUUUUUUUAUUUUCACAAAAAGGGAUGACAUUUUGAAGUAAAAUGUCCCCAAAUCAAAUUCCAGACAUUUUAGACACCAGAACAAGAAAGCUUCCUAAGGUUGUCAUACAUUUCUCUAUUCUAAUUUGUCAUUAAUCUAUAGUUAAAUAUAGAGGAUGGGGAGAAAAAAAAUGAUUUUUCUGUACUCAUCUACUUCUGUGAAAUUUUCCAACCCAAAGGCCUAUCUGAAUCAAUUCUUUCAUUCACUUCACUUCGUUCAAGGACAAUAUCUAUUUGUUACCAAAGAUUUCUAGCAUCUGAGGGAGAAGGGGAAAGCCUUCCUUCUAAAUUAGUCUCAUUAGCCUUAUUGCAUCUGACUUGAAUGUUUACUUAGAAGGCUCUUAACCUAAUGUCAAGAGAGGAUUUUUGUAGUGCAUAUGAGAGGUAGCAAGACAGUGGGGAGAGAGCUACAAUCUAAUCUGGACCAUUAGACCUGGCUUCAAAUACCACCUGCUUCUCAGACUGAUUAUGUGACCUUGGGUAGGUCAUGAGUGCUAGUCAUAAGUGAUCUUAGUGCUAGUCUUAGCUACUGAAACUAAAUUUCAGAGAGGAUGCUGUCUUGCAAUUAGUCGUUUCAUCAGCUAGGAAUUCUUUAUGCCAAUGAAAUUGCAGGUCCAGUGCCCCUCUCCCUAUAUUUAUAUUUAUUAGUUAGUCCUCUGAAAGAGGUAAUUUACUCAUUGGAUUCUUGGUGACUAAAUCCAUCCUUAGAAACAGAAGUGGAUCUUUUCACAGCUCAAUUCUGGAACAGCAGGUGGAUUGAAGAUCCUUACUUUUGACUCUAAAGAGCCUGUCACCUAUAUUUUGGGAGCGCUGUCUUGUCAACAUUUUACAUUUGCCAUACUUUGACAACCAAGCUGCAAAGCUGAAAGUUUACCUGCUAACAGAAGAUGAUGUUAGCUGAGGGGGAAACAUGACGUUUCUAUAAUUCUGCCUGAAUUUGCAAUCUCCAUUCCCCAGCCAUCCCUAACACCCCCAUUAUCUGGGCUCUUGGGGGACUGCUAGAUAGCCAUGCAGUGAAAUGUUAGAGGAAGGGAAAGGAUUUUAAAGGAACUUGACCCAGAGACUCCAUAGCUGCCUUAAGUGUUUUUCCUUUCUCAUUCUGCAAAAAAAUAAAAAUUAAAACAUGAAGGCUUAUUUUGCACGCCGGCACACUUUGUUUGGCGUAAUGGUUCUAGGAAUCGAUGACCUUUGAAGCAUACUGGAACCGCUCAUUGUCAUUACAAUGUACAUACAAAAUAAACUACCUCACUUGCCUUACUCAGACAAAAAGCAUAGUGGAUUAUAAUAGCUUUUGUUAUGAAGUGUCCCUGAGUCUUAUUAUUUAAUGUCAACCUUGUUUUGCUUUUGAUAUUCCUAGUUUAAUGAUGCACAAGAAAUAAGCAAAUGCUCUGAAUAACAAAAUAAAAUAUUCUGUGAAUGUCGUGCUCUGAAAGAGUCGGUGCCGAAAACAUAUUCUCUCUGUCAUUAAUCAUUUGUUUCUUUCUAGCCAUGUUCAGACAACUGGGAGUGAAUCCCAGGAGUUCAAAUGAGGGAUUAAAGGGGAAAAAAAGUUUAUCUUUUCUUCCAGGCAUUUUUCAACUAUUUUCCACAAUGUCUUACUGGAUUGGAAAAUAACAUCAUGCCUCUCGAUAAAGCCAAUCGUUUGUAUAUUUCUGACCCACACAAAAGGGAAACAUGGAUUGUUUGUUACAAUAACUUCCAUUGUAGUUAUAAUAGCAUAUUUGUAAAGUAGAAUGUGUACGUUGUAUUUUAACCAUGAAAAUAAAAAAACAAAACCCCAAA